AAACUGGGAUUAAAUGAUAGGGUUCCAUGGGUUUACACGGGAGUGCGAAUAGAGGCCGUUUACCAUAAAUAGCCCUUAUCAUCAUUUUGCUGCUGUUCUGUGCUGUCUGUCGAUAAUCCACUUCUUGUUCGUCAAACAUCACGAAUAUAUCGGGUUUUAGGGUUUUGUCACAAGGGAUUGUCAACGCCGAUCAUCGCGUUCAGAUCUUAACGAUGACUUAAUAUAAUUCGAUUUGUUGUGUUCUCCGCUUCUAUUAGCGAAAUCGACUCGCUUUCUUGGUGUUGCGUGCGUCGAUCGCUCUGCUUAGAGUUGGGGUUUUUGUGUGCGUAUUGGUUUAGUUUUCGAUUUCUUAGGGUUUCGAAGAGCAUCGAAACAAUGCCUUCGGCGCCCUCUCUUGAAUUUCUCACUCGUCGUGUUAUUCCGUAUCUUUCCUCUCUCGAUGAUGGCUGGUUCUCUAGUCGUUUGAAACGUCUCGAGAAGGGUGAUCGUCGUGGUAAUCUUAGUUAACAUCAAGCUUUAUUUGGCCUUUUUAGUGUCUUUUUUAAAACAUUUUGUUCUGUCUUUCAAUUUUCUUUAUCGAUCUACUCGAGUACGAGUACUGUUAGAUCAAUUAAAGUACUAGUUGUUAAGGAAUCGGGAAAUCGAGCCAUUGCCAAGUGCGGAUUGUGUUCUCGUUAUUGAUUGCGUUAGCAAGGUCACACAAGUUUCGUAUUGUUUGGAGGGUUUGGUUGCUCUUGCUUUUGUCUCUCAAAAGCUUCUGCUUGCUAUCAAUGGACAUCAGUUCACUGAAUAUAUCAGUUUCUGAAGGUAUAGAUGAGAUUGAAGACUUGAAGCAACUGUCUCUUACUCAACUGCAAUGUACACGUGUCACGGGAGACCUUUCUCUGAAUGACCUUGGUGAAGGUCUAACUGAGUUUCUACAUAAUCAAGAUGAUCAGAAAUUGGCAUCAAACUCCAUUUUGUCGUCACCUUCUUACAAAAUUGAUAUUCUCAAGGUGAAGAAGGAAGAUAUAUGUGAAGAGUCUUGUAAUGCAAAAUCAACAAUCAUAACUUCCGACAAGUGCUUGUGCAAAUGUACAACAUUUCCAUGUUCUGGAGAGAUGAUGUCCUUUGCUGAAUCUACAGAUAGAAAAGAUGAAGAUGAAUUGGAUGAGGUAACUGCUGCAAUGUUGAAGGAAACUGAUAAUGAAUCUGCUAAGCCAGGCGACUGGCGUCCCAUAUCCUUACCUACUCCUUUGAAGCCUGUAUCUGCAAUGAAGGGUAGCCGUGAGAAACAUGGGAUACCAUCGAAGAAGCUGACUGUAACAUGGGCCCCUGAUGUGUAUGAUCCUCCUCCUACAUCAGUGUCACAUGUGCCAUCAAGCAAGAAACAAAGGCAAAGGACUGAUAGUAAGAAGUGUGUAAAGAACCGGCAGAAAGUUGGGGGCAAAUCUAAACGAGGGAAAGAUAAGAAGCAUGUUCGGAAGUAUAGCGGUAGUAGUUCUAACAAGGGUUUCAAGACUUCGGACGAUGAUGUCAGAUUGAUUAAAUAUAAUGAGCCUUGCGUUGAGCUCUUGGAUUUUGAUGUUGGUAGCCGCGAUUCGUACUGCGGGAGUAGCUUCCUUAAGGAAUCGGUCACAAAAAUGCACCUCUCUGUUGCAGAGGCUACUUGAGCCUUUAUUUGCAGCCAGUAUGCAGUCUUUUUUGUAUGUCAUCUUUGUCCAGAGUCGGUUGUAGAUAAAUAAGUAAUGGUUUUUAAAGUUCUCUUCGUUGGCUAUGUUAAUACUUAAAUAGUACUCUUCUAAACUCAUCUGUGCGUGCUGUUUUUAACUUGAAAGAUGUUAAUAUACACUCUCUCAAGGAUGGUGCUUUUCUACUA